AUGAAGAAUCAGAAUACUGUAAGCAGCAAAGAAGAAAUUGAUCGAAGACUUGUGAUUCAAAUCGAAACCCCUGACGAUGGGUUAAUCCAUCGGAGAACAACCAAAUCUUCACACAGCUACCGUGAAACCAACAGAUUAGCUCCGAUGAAUUCUUGUAGUGGCUCUGAUACCAUAGAUUUCGCUCCAAGUUUGNGACCUCAAGCAGCUCGUUUAGCAGCUUGCACUGCGGUAUUCUUGGUGGCUACAGAAGGCGUCGUUGCAGCAAUAGUUCUGAUUUUGGUUCGUAAACUGUGGGGAUAUUGUUAUAGCACUGAGGAAGAAGUGGUGGGAUAUGUAGCAGAAAUGCUAGUCUUUCUAGCAGGAUCCCACUUCUUAGAUGGUAUUCAAUCUGUGCUUUCAGGUACUGCAAGAGGAUGUGGCUGGCAAAAGAUAGGGGCAGUUGUCAACUUGGGAGCUUAUUACCUUUUCGGAAUACCUGCUGGUGUUGUAUUAGCUUUUGUCUACCAUUUUGGUGGAAAGGGACUUUGGUUGGGAAUCACUCUUGCUCUUUUUGCGCAAGCUCUACUUCUUUUAAUAGUUACUCUGCGCACAAAUUGGGAAAAACAGGCAAAGAAGGCAGCUAAUAGGGUGACUUCAGAGCUAGCUAACAACAACAACAACAACAACGACCCAGUAUAGUCCCACAAGUGGGGUCUGGGGAGGGUAGUGUAUAUGCAGACCUUACCUCUACCCGAUGGGUUAGAGCGGCUGUUUCCGAUAGACGGUGACUUCAGAGCUAGCUAACAGAGAAGAAAAUGCAGAAUGACAUAAUAUGACAAGAUACUAACAAGUUCAUGUAAUUCUUCUUGGCAUCUUGUUGGCUAAUUGACUAUCUUACAUCUCCAAAAUCUGGAGAUCUCUUAGGUUACAGGGCUCAGAGCUCACACUCGCGACGACUGGUUGAUGAAUUGAUACAACAGUUUUUCAAGACUUGCCUCUAUAUCUUAGGAUCAGAAUCUUGAAGCUCCUUGCCUCGCACUAUUAUAACCACAAGAUAAUGUUCGAAUUGGGGCUUUACGUUCGUAGAAAUGAUCAAGAAGUACUCCUUUGGACAUUUUAAGGCUAGUAUAAAUCCUGGAAGGCAAUUCUGAUUGUCCAAAGAAAUUGAUACAUUGUUAUUAAAACUUAUAAUUACUAUAAACUUACUUGGUUGAAUUUACCU